AAAACCCCGAAAGCCCUGGAAUGAAGAGGCACCGAAGAAGAGCGGAAAAAAACGAGAAACCCUUCUCGCCUCCUCCCAAACCAACGAUGGCCACGCCGCCGGCGCCAUCGCCGGUGAGGCUUCGGCUGUUGUUCGACAACCGCCGCCUUCUCCGGCGGGCACAGCGGGAUGACGGCCUCCGCCGGUGCUGGCUCCUCCUCCGACCCGAGCUCGAAACCGUCGCCGACCUCUCGGCCCAUGUCGCCGCCCGCUUCCGCCUCCGCCGUUCCUGUCCCCACGGAAUCGUCUUCUCGAUGGAUGGAUUUGCCUUGCCACCAUUCGAGUCAACUUGCAUCUUCAGAGACAAGGAUAUUAUAAGGGUUAAACAGAAAUCUUGCAAGAAUAUAGUACACCAUAAUGCUGUACACUGUAUUCAAGAACCCGAGAUAGUAGAAAAGCGGCCUCUUCCAACUGAUGAGAAAAUCCUUGCAAUCGAAUAUCAAAUGGACUGUGGUAAGCAUCAAGAAGAGGUGCAUUGUGAGUAUCAGUCUGAAGAAAAUGCAACAUCUAACCAGGAUACAAGUUCAAAGAGGAAGCAGAGAGAUGGAGAUGCAGGAAGACCUGAGAGCUUGAAAAGAAAAAAACUGAAGGUGACAACUCCUGACAAUGUUUGCCAAGACCGGGUUCAUUGUAGCUCAAACAAUUCGAAGCCAUCAACUAUUGAUGCUGAAGCAAAGAAGGGUGCUAGUCAAGCAGAAGGUAUUGUUAGGUUGGAUGAAAAGCAAAAAACAGACAGGUGCAACCAAACCAUGUUGAACUGCGUAACAGAGGUGGCUGUCCAGACAACUCAAAGUGAUAAAGUGUCCUGUCAGAGUCGAAGUGCUCGUCGUAAGAAACUCAAAAGGCAACUUAAGAAGAAAGCCAAAGAAGAGCUGAAAGAGAAUGGGCACUGCCAGGAACCACCCAUUGCUGCUGAUUGUCCACCAUCAAGCAACCAAGAUGAUCUUUGCCCGUCAAGCAAUCAGAAGGACCCGCACUUGCCAUUUUCAAGCCAUGAAGCAGAAGCAGAAGAGGAAGAGUCUGAGACAGCAGAUGAUAUUGUUCCAGUGGUGGUUCGUCCUGGUCACAUCCGCUUUGAGCCAGCUGGUGAACGAAGUACGUCGUCAGCAAAGGAAAUACAGGGAACUUUCACAUGGAGUGGAACUAUGAGCAAAAAGAAGGGUCAGAAGUGGGGAAUGAACAACUCAAACAAGAAGAGUGCUGAUAUCGGUCAUGUCGGGAAAGUAGCUGGAACUAAUACUGAAGUCAACCACCUUGUGUUAGAUAGUAAGAAUGAGGAAAAUGGUUUUUGUGGGGUUAGUAAUCAGAUUGUUGAGAGCAGUCAUGAUGUAUUGCUGAGGGAAAAGACUCAUGCUGAGGAAGGGAAGUCUAUCAGUGAAUCUAUGGAUUUUGAUAGCCUUUACCCCCUAACACGACUUCCAAAGGAGGGAGAUCUGAUAGUCUAUCGAUUGGUUGAGCUGUCUUCCUCGUGGUGUCCGGAGAUUUCUUCAUACCGGGUUGGUAAAGUUCUUAUAUAUGAUUUGAUAUCAAUGCGAAUCAUUCUCUUGCCUGUUCCGGAGUAUCCAAUUAUCAAAGAGGAAACGGCAGGCGAAGACGAGUCAGAUAUGCCGGUGGAUAUGUCACCCUACAGUGAAGAUGGCUCCUUGGAGAUCGAAUACUCUUCCCUCCUUGAUGUGAGACUGCUCAAGGGUAGUGAGUCAGUAUCUACAGCUGUUAGUACUCCCAUUAGAGAAACAGGAAAGAAAGGUGAAUCACUGGUCAAACAACCAGUUACCUUAGACAAAAAUAAAGGAGUAAUUCACAGCCAGACAGAACCCUUGGUGCCAAAUAAUACUAAAGAUCCAGAAGCCGCACAGGAGAAGACAAAGAAUAAGAUCUGGGACGAGAGCAUCGAAUCUCUAAGUGACAAGCCUGAUGAAGUUCAGGAGAAUGGCUGGGGAACUUGGAAACCAAAUUCGAGCACGUCGGCCUGGUCAUAUAGAGCGCAAAGAAGCACUGCCCUUGGUCCAACACUUGCGCUUUUGAGAGGAAAGAACGGCAAGGGAGGUAAAGCUAAACCCCCCAAUCGGAAGUAUGGCAAGUGAGAUGUCAGAUAUAAGUACGGGGCGCCUGCAAGUACAGCGUGUUAAGGGAUAGCUGAUCAUUUUGUAUGUGAUGUUUGAUCGAAGUUUGUCCUUUAACUGCCAUCCUAGUCAAGUUUGGAUAUCCCUGGAGCCUGGACCCUGGUUAUGUACCUAGGACUGGACCUGAAUGUUUCUAGUGCAACUUGCCAGGAGUGGCUACCAGCCGUACUAUUGGAGGGAAGAGCUUUCCUGAUGCUGGUUUGACAGUAUUCUGGUACUUAGAUGCAUGGUACUAGUUGCUGAUCAAUACUUGCGUACUAAUUUGCCCUUGGUCCAAACUGAUCAGUAGUUCAGUGCAUAUAGGUGAUGCUCAAAAAUGCCAAAAUAGUACUUCCUCCAUUCCUAAAUAUAAAAUGUUUUCUUACUUCCUCUGAUCCAGAUUAGUUGUCGAAAUAUUACAUAACGUUUUUUA